GGAAAGAUAACGAGAGCGAGAGAGAGAGAGAGAGAGAGAGCGAGAGAGGGGGAGAGCGAGAGGAAGAAACGCAGAAAGGGAGCGAAUGAGAGUGAUGGAAAGCGUUUGAAACAAACGAAACAAGGAAGAAACAAAGAUUCCGAAAAACAAGGAGGCCAAGUGGGAAAGCAGCUCGACGUCAGUGAGCUCGAGUUCUUUGAAAGUUUUGAUAAUUCAGUGUUAUGCUCGAUUCGUCGAUUAAAUCCAGGGAAUAAUAAAUAGAAAAAGAAGUUCGCGCACCGUUGUCGGAGCCUCUGAAGAUUCGAGCGAGUCGCGAAAUGCGCGUGUAAGGAGAGUCUUUCUGAUACUUUCCCUCCAGACUCUUAGCCGGGUGUCAGGAGUUCGCACCGGGCGAAUAUACAAAAGCUCCGAGAGGCUAAUCGCCUUUAUCCUUGGUGUGAAAAGAGUGCAAUUUAAAAAUUCAUCAAAUUCUGAAGUGAACGCGCAGUCAACGACGUUCAGAAGUACACUGGAAAGAGGCGACCGAGCGAAACGGAUAGAAAGAUAGCGAGCGGGAGGGAGAGAGGCAUAAAAAUGGGGCGAUACGUGAGCGAGGCCACGAGUCGCGGAUCGAUCGUGAAAUAACUUUGUGCGAGACACCGCAGAGAAACAGAACGAGAGAGAGUGAAUCGUACGAAGAGAAAGAGAAAGAAAGGAAAGAAAGAGAUAAAGAAAAAGAGGUUACCGAAUAGUCGACAAGGAACACAAAACUUUAAGGGUGAAAAUAAAAGUCCUUUACUCUUCUUCCUUCUCUUUUUCCCCGGUCUUUUCUACUUCCUCUUCUAAGCAUUCUCCAUCUCCUUCGACUUCUUCUACAACUCUAUAAAAUCUUUAGUCCCCUCCGUCUUCUUAUCCCAACUGUCAACCGCAACAGCAUUUUAUUUCACGCAUAAAUUUAAUGAAAAAGCUCUACUAAAUAGCGACUCUUUGGUGCAUAUAGGAAAAAUAUCUCUCGUUGUUUUUCCUUCGCGCUCAUACGUGCACAUCGAUGUAUCGAAGCUCUCGCGAGUGAUUCAACGCGUACGCUUACGCGGGUGAGUGAUCGCGCGUGCCUGUGUUACUUUUCGACGUUGAGAUAUUUCGUGCAAACUCCAGUACGGGGAGAGGAGGUAGAUUCAAAGUUUCGUGUAUUCUGCUCUUUUGCUUCGAGAGUGCCGCCAAUAAAGCACACGUCACCGCAUCCAAAUACAUGUUUUAUCCAACACACCUGGGUCGUUGACUCGGCCGUCUGCGUCGAAAGCGCUAAUUUCUCGUGACAAUCCUAUCAUCGUAUGAUCGAGAAAAAAGUACGUUGUUUUCCCCACGAAGGAGGGAAGUUACGAUAUGAAAUGCUCCAAGCGCACGCAAUAGAAAAGCUUUGCACCGCGUUCCUCGAGUCUCCCCAAAUCUGUUUACUCACAUUGAAAAAGUAUCGAAUUGCCAGGCGCGACAGAGUGCAAGGAAAAAAGCGCGAGCCUUCCUCGACGAAAUCCGGAUUGGAAUAGCAGCACGCGAGUGAGUGCGGUCAGUGUACGUUUGACCUAGAAUAAGAAGGGAGACUUCAGUGUCAGUGGAAAAGAAAUAUGUAAUCAGCCACAAAAGUUGCUUCCACAGGGAAAUAUAAACGCGGAAGACUUCUUUCGGCGAAAGGCUUCGGAGUAAACUUUCAAUAAAACUAAAAUAGUGAAAAAGGUCCGGUCAAAGGUAGCGCAAAUGAGUACGAACGAUGAGGUGGUUUGUGCACGGAGGUCAUGGGACUACCUGAACACGCUUGACUAUUUUAGUUAACCCAUUUACCGCAUUCGACCUCAACGCACGCGGUCUGACAAAAAAUAACUUUCCGAGUAGACCCCGAGCGAGUAUAGAAUAAAGCAGCGGAUACUCGAACGUACCGAAUUUUUUCGACGAUCCUAUAUCUGUAUGGGCAAUCAUAUAAAUCGAUAGAUGGUAUAUACGGUACGAGGAAGUUAUUCCCUCGCGUACGGCACUUCCGCAUCAACAUUUGCACGAGAAAAAGCUCUCUCGGAGGCACGCGACAGCGUAGAAACGGAGAGGCACCGGCGCACGUUGAUACUCUGGAUUUUACUCGACGAAACGACGACGAAUGCAAACACCGUUCGGUGUCGUAUGUGGAAAAGAGGAUUCGAGGCAGCGAAAUCUCUCGUCCGUGUAAUCCUGCGUUUUGCAUUUACGCACGUGUCCGUAUCGAUGUAAUAUAAACAUAAGGACACAGAGCUCCGUCCGCUCGACGUCACGACUCGUUGCUUUCGUCACGUCGCAUCAAUGACCAUUCUGACGCCAAAUAAAACAUCUCAAUGAAAGAUACGCCGUGAUAGAGCCACCGGUGUAAGAAUAUUAAUCCUCUCGCGAUAAAGCAGACAUCGGGGUGAAGCUUGACACUGGAAAAAAAAAAUCGAUAGAAAGACCGCACAUCUUGGAUCAGUCCGAAAAGACGAAUAAUUUUAUCAAAUUCUUGAAAAUUUAUAAAAUGAAUUCCCUGCUGUUUUACGCAUUGGUCCCAUUUUUCGGACUGUUGUCCGAUCACGCCUGGUCCUUCGUCCUCGAAGGUUCGUCGACGAGUUACGCACACUUUCGUAAAUGGAACGCUGGACUUAACGGCACUCUGGAAUUUGAGUUUAAAACGGAACAGGGAAACGGCCUAUUGCUGUACACCGAUGACGGUGGUACCUACGAUUUCUUCGAGAUCAAACUCGUCGAAAGCGCCCUCAGGCUAAGAUACAAUCUUGGCGGCGGUGCACAAAUCGUCACGGUCGGCCACGACCUCGGCGAUGGGCAAUGGCACAAAGUGCAAAUCGCUCGUAAUAAUGAAAAUACUACUCUGACCGUCGACGGGGUUGGCGCGACUUCAACUUCUCGCGGCAAAGAAUACGAGUUCGGACGAUUGAGUGGCAAUUCGGACGUCUAUGUCGGUGGUAUGCCCAGUUGGUAUAACAGCAAAUUAACUUUACUCGCUCUACCGAGUGUCAUUUUCGAACCGAGAUUCAAUGGCGUCAUUAGAAAUCUCGUUUAUGCUGACGGCGAUACUGUCGUUCCCAAACGACAGGAAAUGAAGAGCCGUGACUCCAAGUGCGGUGGUUUUCCAUGCGUCGAGAUGAUCGGCCAGCACAAAACACCAAGAAGCUUGCGGAACAUAAUUACAGCGAAUACGUCGGACGCUUGCGAAACUCGGGAUCCGUGUCAGCACGGUGGUAUUUGCAUUUCAACCGACAGCGGGCCAAUAUGCGAGUGUCGGACCGGUGACUACGAGGGUAUCUACUGUGAAAAAGAGGCAUGGAGCACGGUGCUACCGACCGCCGGUGCUGGUGAUUACUGGGCAGGGGAUUACAACAAAGCACCCUCGGAGGCAUCGUUCAAAGGAACCGAGUAUCUCGGGGUUGACCUCAGCAAAGGUGAGCCCGUACUGAGCACUCAAGAGUCCAUCAGCCUCCAGUUCAAAACGAGACAGCACAAUGGUCUCUUAUUCUAUUCUGGCGAGGGUGGUGAUUAUCUGGCAAUCUCGCUCAAGGAUGGCGGUGCAGCUGUUGGCAUGACAUUAGCUAAUGGAAGGCUCGAUCUCCACAUAAAACCGGCGAGGGUACGAUUCGAUGACAAUCAGUGGCAUAAAAUAAUCGUUCAUCGGAGGGUCCAAGAGAUAUCAUCGAUCACGAGUUUCUGCAAACUAUCAGCAGUCGUCGACGGGAUUUAUGCGGAGCACGGUCACACUGCAGGUUCGUUCACGCGAUUAGCGAGUGAUCAGCUCCUAGUCGGUGGUGGGGCAGACACGAAUGCGUUACAAGGAGCGAAAGGGAUCACCAAUUUUGUCGGAUGUUUGCGAGAGGUGAAAUUUGGCGCCGAGGGAAUAGCAAUGGAGCUUAUAGAAGCGGCGAAAAGCAAAGCGGAGGGUACGACAGCCUGGGGAAGAGUAGAUUUCCACUGUCGUGAGCCCAAAACCGAUCCAGUCACGUUUACCACCAGAGACUCUCAUCUCGCAUCUGCGACAGUGAAUGCGCGACGACUACACGGCGCCAUGGUCACCUUCACCAGCCCAGAGUCCCACCUGGUUCUUCUACCAUGGAAACACCCCGCGUCGGGGGUCAUAUCUUUCAAAAUUCGGACCAAUGAGCCUAAUGGACUAGUCAUGUAUAGUAGAAGUGGAGCCGCAACUCGGCCCGAUCUUUUUGCCUUCGAGAUACUGGACGGUCAUUUAUAUGUACACAUAGACUUAGGAAGCGGGCCGAUAAAAGUAAAAGCAUCCCGGAGAAGAGUCGACAACGGUACGUGGCACGACGUCAGUUUACGUCGGGUCGAACGAAACGGUUACGUUGCUGUCGACGGAGAUAAAACAGACUUCCGUACAGUCGGUGAUUCGACUGAAUUGGACCUUGACGGGCUACUCUAUAUCGGAGGAGUCGGUGUUCCCUUCGCACCGCUGACCGUACCUCCAGUACUUUGGACCGGAGCUCUCAGACAAGGAUACGUUGGUUGUAUGAGGGACCUGGUGAUCGACGGUCAACCAGUAGAUAUAACGGGUUACGCCCAACAGCAAGAUUCUGGUGCUGUGAGGCCAGCUUGUCAUGCACAAUCCGCUCACUGUCCUUCACAACCGUGUAUGCAUGGAGGUCGUUGUGUCGAGGGUUGGAAUAGAUUUCACUGUGAUUGUACAGCAACUCCUUACACUGGUCCAACAUGUGGAAAAGACGCCUCGACGUUGCAUCUCAACGGGAGCCAACAAAUGACGGCUCUUAUGCCAGAGGACUCGAAAACUCAAGCGGAAGAAAUAUCAAUAAGAUUCAAAACGACGAGGCCGAAAGGACUUCUCGUUGCUACGAGCCUCGAAAACAGCUCCGACAAGUUGCAAAUAUCGUUGGAUGACGGAACAGCUAAAUUGAGGAUACUCAUCGGAGAUCGAGAGAAGAUUUUACUCUCGGGUCAAGGCCUCAAUGACGACAUGUGGCACACUUUGAAGUUCUCAAGAAGAGCGACCAAUUUAAAAUUUCAAGUUGACGAAGAGCCGCCGAUUCGAGCCGAAAUUCAGUUGGGAAAUCAAGGAGUGCUGGAAUUCCGAACGCUCCACGUCGGGGGCUAUCUGCAUAACGCAGAAAACGUUGCUCAUUUCGUUGGUCAGCUGCAGCAGAUGUGGUUCAACGGUCACCCCUAUUUAGAGGUGGCGAGAAGCGCGGGACCUCAUCAGGGCUCUCAUCAGGGAGUAACUCCGAUAAUCAGAGUGACUGGCAAAUUUGGGAAACGCAAUCAUCCGGUGCAUCACGCGGUUACCUUCAAGUCGAAGCACGCAUUUGUCGGGCUUCCUGUGCUCAAGGCCUACGUCGAAACGAACAUAUAUUUCCAGUUCAAAACGAGAGAAGCGAACGGCUUGAUUCUCUUCAACGCUGGACGGGAACGCGAUUUCGUCGCGGUCGAACUCGUCGAUGGACACAUACAUUACGUGUUUGAUUUAGGCGACGGACCCGUCAAAAUUCGAGACACAUCGAGACCGCGUUUGAAUGACGGAAAAUGGCACGCGGUCAGCAUAGGACGACCAGCACCCAAAAGGCACACUUUGGCCGUUGACGAUCACGUUGCUGCCGUCCUCAGUCAAGGCAACAACGAAAAUCUCGAUCUCGACGGUAUUCUCUACAUAGGUGGAGUUGAGAAAACACAGUACGGACAAUUGCCGAAACCGAUUGCAAGUGAACAAGGUUUCGAGGGCUGUCUUGCUUCGGUCGAUCUCAGCGGAGAAAGCGUUGACCUUAUGGCUGACGCAGUCGUUACGAGUUCCCUAGUCGAAUCCGGCUGCGACAUCUAUGCGAGUAUCCAUCCGGGUAAAAAAUGCACUCACGACAUAUGCGCCAAUCACGGCACGUGCAUACAACAAUGGAACAGUUUUACAUGCGACUGUGAUAUGACGAGUUUUAGUGGUCCCACUUGCAAUGACGAAGCCAUAGCUUAUGAAUUUGGACCGGGGCGAGGCCUCAUAACGUACACUUUCGCAACGGAUCGAAGGCCAGAAAUGCCGAGAGACACGAUCGCGAUGGGCUUCGUGACUGGAUCAAGUGACGCUGUACUUCUGAGGAUAGAAUCAGCAACAAGCAACGAUUAUCUAGAAAUUGAAAUUGUAGAGGGUAAUAUAUUCGCCGUUUACAACAUGGGCACAAACGAUCAUCCGAUCGGUGAAGCCAGCGUUAAAGUCAACGACAAUCAGUAUCACGUCAUAAGAUUCACGAGAAACGGAGCAAACAGCACGCUCCAGGUUGACGACUACAACGUCCAAGCAAAUCAUCCUUCCGGUUCUCAAUUGACGGUUUUCAACAGCCAAUCGACGAUCCAGGUCGGUGGCAGGUGGAACCGAAGCAACGGAAGGGUCGAGCGACCAUUUUUGGGCGUCAUCUCAGGAUUGGUCGUCAAUGGGGCGAGAAUUUUAGAAGUUGCUUCCGCGAGGGAGGAUCGCGUCGUCAUUACCAUCAGAGGUGACGUUCAACCGCUGCCUCCGGGCACCCUGGGCGGGAGGACCUCUGGACCCUUCCAGAGAAUGCAACAGACUCCGGCCUCGGGACUUCCUGGAGUCAUGGACGAUUUAAUAUUCUCCGGCGCUGGUAGCGGCUGCGCCGGCGACGACGAAGACGAGGAAGAAUGCAGGCCAGUUUACCCUGACCCUGGAGAUGAUCUGAUAACGCCGGUUUACGUUGCGCCGACGAGAUCGCCGAGACCACCGAGGCCCAAGGUACCAGGGAACAAGGCUCCUCCAACCGACCACCGGCCGUCCUGCGACGACGAGGAGGACUGCGAGGAAGGCUCCGGGACGACCGAGGGAAUCUUCGUUACAUCACCCACCGAUUCAACUUCGGUGACGUACACGACGCAACGUGAGAUACCGACGAGCCAAACAACGAGCGAACAAACGUCCACUGCCUCAACCACCGUUUCCCGAGUCACCGUAAGAUACAAUGUCUCGAGCACUGUCACAACAGAAACCACUCACGGAAGUACCGUGACGACACAUCGUCCGACGAGUGUAACGACGCAUCCGACAACGACGAAAAUGACCGAGCCUCCGAUUUACACGCCGGAGACGUAUCCGCCGAUACCAACGCCGCAAAAGCCGAAUCCAAUAGUACCGAAAGUGCCGAGUAUACACUCGGACGCAGCGAAGAGCGCAGCGCUAGUGAUAGCGAUAAUAGCGGGUGCCCUAAUCGCCAUAGUGCUCAUAAUACUUUUAAUCCUAAAGUUCAAAAAUCGUCCAGAGACGAAUUACAAAGUCGACGAGACGAAAAACUUCUGUCAGGAUCCGAACGCCGCGUUGUUAGGCGCGGCUGCUGGUUCGGGCCAACAAUACAACGGUUCAACAAAAGCGGGUGCUGGUUCGAGCAAAAACGGCAAAAAACGUGAACUGAAGGACAUCAAGGAGUGGUACGUUUAAAUAUUUACUCGCGAGACCGAUUUUUCAUUCGGAUCGCUUGUAAAUUAGCCUGUCGCAGCCCGCGAAAGAAAUGCGUUAAAAAAUAAUAAAAUAAAUCAUUAAGAGAAGAGCAAUUUCAACGAAACCGUUGCAACUUCGUAGGGAGCGAUAUCCCCAUAAAGAAGCGUGCAAAAACAAGGAAGCGAGCAAAGACUGAUGACCCUUAACGAGGCAAAGAAUGGAAUAAUAAACGGCGUUACGAAAAUAACAAACAAACAAACAAACAAACAAAAGACGUAGAGAAUCGUGAAAAAUACAAGAAACUCGGAAACUCUGCCUAUUAUUCGAGCAAUCCUCGAUUCGUGCGCUCGUCGAAAGUGCGUGCGCGAUUUUUCAAUAAAUAUGUGUAAAUGUAGGUUGAAAGUGUACAGAGACAAAACGCACGGAUAUAUUGUACCGUCUGCUACGAAAUACGAACGCCCGAAUUAGAUGUUGCAACUUCCGCGAACAUUUGCAACUUUGAUUCCAAACUCGUGAAACACUCCUCGUCAUCUUGCAACAUUUUUUUCAUUAAUAGAGAAAAAAUAACUAGUGAAGUUAUCUCGAUAAUUGGAAAUAAUUCGCCAACUUGGACACAAAGUGCGGUGAGUGAAUAUUUAAAUCAAUGUUGCGAGAGACUUUGAAUAUGUCGAAAAGGAGCAACGCCGGUUAAAUCCUAAACUCACUCGACCGCGAGACCUAUUGUUGUAUAGAAAAAUAUUCUAUUAUAUUACGAAAUAUUUAUAAAUAUUAUGUUACGCGUGUAAAUUGUUUAUUGAAUUAUAUAGAUUUUAUUGAACGAACGAGACACAGUCCUUGCGGGUGAAUAAGUGAGAUGUGGAUGAAAAUGUAAAAAAAAAACGAUGAAAAAACACCAACAUUUGGCGGAAUAAAAUAUUGAAAUCGGCUCGAGGAACUGCGAGCGUAGCACGACUAAUCUUACGGAAUAAGUCGAAAUAUAUCGUAGCACGCGAGAGACGCUUCUAUACAAUACAAUCACACACGUACACGGAUAUACACAUACACACGGUGCGAUUUGCCGUAACGCCGAUGCGAAUUUAAAUAAAAAAAAAUAUUCGUAGAUUCAUAAGUACGUUUUUUUUACGAUAUUGAAGUCUGCGUCAUUCGAAUGCAACGAAAACUCGUUUCGUUAUUCUUCACUUGCUUAAUUUACAAUUUCGGUUUCAUGCUUUUCAUUGAUUUUUAUGCAGUUGUAAAAAAACAUCGAAAAACUGUUUUGCUGAACUCUGGACGUCACUUUUCGAAGCGAAUUUUUAAAUGGUGAAACUAUUUUGGUACUAAAGUUUUCAAUUUCAUAAUCAAAAUAAUACAUGGAAAGCAAAUUAGUUUUCAGAUUUUUCAAAUUCCUUUUUAUCGAGCAAAGCUUGAAAUUCGAAGACGUUGGAAUUGAGAGUGAAAAAAAAGCUUGUUGCAUUAGAACGAUCCAAACUUCAUCGUCUUUUCAUAUUUUCUUCCUCGAACUUUAUCAUUCUUAUUCUCAAAUGAAUCGUCGCGAUCUCGCUCUGCCCGCGAUAUUCCCAUUAAAAUCUCGCAUUAUCGUUGUUGUUGUUAAUGUUGUUGUUGUUGUUGAUGCGAAAAAAUGAUAUUUUGCCAAGAAUAGAUACGAAAAAAAAGAAAAUUUUCCGUUUCGUCUAAAAUGGUCGACCUUGUCAUGAUUUUUCUAUCAAUUCUAAAAAUAUUUCCAUCCUCUAUUUCGGAAGAAUCGAAGCGAGAGAACUACCCUCGCUCCCAGAGACCAUUCGACCGUUAAACUGUCACUUAUUCUUUCUUCUUAUUUUUCUUCAUAUUUUCAAAAUAGUAUCCAGUCUUUCAUCCUAACGAAUAACAUUUUUUCCUACUCUCGGUGCACCUACGCACACAAAAGCAACAAUUUUGUCCUCGGAGAUCGCUAUAACCGUUGGAAUAAUCACCGCGUGCGAAUGAAGAAACGAAUGAAAGAAGAAAGAACAAAUUGGAGAGUGAGAGCGAAGGAGGGCGAGAGAAUAAAUGAGUGCGCAAAUGUGUGAGAGCCAGCGAAUCGAAUAUUCGUCAUCCUGGAAAGGAAAGCGAUUGGAUGAGAAAUAAAAAAUGAGAUAAAAUCCAUACCACAAAAAUAUCAAUGUCGAAUUUGUACUACGUGGCUAACUUAUCCGGGCAGGAUCAACGAUAUCGGGUGCGCAUUACGACAGCUUUCGGAAGUAAACUGUAGCUAGAAAAACUGGACGAAUGUUUUCGAUAAGAAGGGGACAGAAAUACGGAGAAAUGGACUUACGAGUGAAAUAAAACUAAUACGCAUAUCGUUCUCACUGCCCCUUACCUCUAUCCGCAUAUCCUUCAAUGUACCGACGACUAAUAUUUGUAUGCUAAGCUAAUCACUUCUAUAAGAUAUUUAAGAGUGCCGUGGAAACAUCUUCGAAUGAUACGAUACACAUAUACACACUGAUACACUCGUGCGAUGUAACCUUCCGUUUGAAAAUAAUCAACACGAAACUUUGCAUUCCAAAGAAUAUGAAGAUAAAUUCAAGGAUCGUGGAACUCGGAUUUUUAUACCGAAAGAAUUAUUCUAGUUUGUACUGUUUUUAUUUGUGCUGGUUUAGUAUAACUGCUGUGGAUCUCGAAAAAGGUUAUGUUGUAACGUUUUUAUCGACACUUGACGAAUGAACGCGAUGAUUCACGACGUAAACUUGUAGAUAAUUUUUUUCUGUUCGGUCGCUCGUUAUAUAAUUGUCGAAAAAACUAUCGAGAAUUGCAUCAAAAUUUAUUAUAUUUCCAAGCAAAUUCCCAUUCGUGCUGAGCGAUGAGAGAAAACUCUCAAAAAUCAGAGUCCUCUGUAUACCCAAGACGAACAUAACCUCAAAAAGUUGUAUGGCCAAUGGAAAACAAUGAAUUGUAUUGUAAAUUUUGGUUUGUAUCUAGACAUUUUCGAUCGUGAAAAGUGUGUGAACGUUUCCAUUGAGAACAAUUCUUUCGGUGUAUCAACGAUAUGAAAAAAUUGUAUAUCGAUUAAAUCGAUGUAAUAAGAUAGAAAGGAAGAUGAAAACAUAAAAAGGUGAGCUACGAAAAGGCCCGACUGUAUUCAGACCCGCUACUAGUUAGAUGGAAUUAUAUUUUACAUUGUACAGUUACGACGGGGAUGCACCAUAGAUAGAGAUUAUAUUCGUGAUAUAACAAUACCGAGAUGUUAGGCAUUAAAAUAAUUCAUUAUAAAUCAAUAAUUAUAAUUAUCAUUAAAAUGUACUGUAUCAAUGGCGGCGCAAGAGUCCAAAAUGAUACGAAGUGCGCAAUACGCUCGCGAAUAUUUUAGUCGCUUGCUCAUCUCGAACACACUUGAUUGAAACAAUCGAGAAAACAAAAAGUAUUAAUGAAAAAAAAAAAAAACAAAAACAAAAUGAAGAAAAAAAAUCAUUCGCAAGUUUGGCAAACGAAGAAAGUAUUCUCGCACUCGGAGCGCGCGUUCCGGCUUUUAUUUACAAAUAUAAAUGAUAACGAAGCAAGCAAGAGAGAAAAGAGAGAGAGAGAGAGAGAGAGAGAAAAGAAACAAUAAAAAAAUGAAUCGAGUUAAGCGUGUGUAGAGUGUGGUGGCAUUUAGAUUUUUUACACGUCAGCGCAAAGCCUUUUCCCGAUGUUGAUGAAUCGACGUUUUCGUUCGAUGUUCGAGCGACGAAAAAAUUGAGAAAAAAAAACAAGAACGAAAAAUAUUCCCAACCGCAAAUUCAAAGCAUUUGCUGUAAUUUUUGUCUUCUACAAUCGAGCCUCCCAGCCGCCCCUCGUUCUCCACACUUUUCAAUGGAUAAUACCCUUGUAUACGCAUAUAGUACUUGUAGUAUAAAAACAUAAACACAGACACACACUGUAUAUGAUUUACAGAAGCAAAAAAAACAAACAUUAUUUCGAGUCGAAAUUAAUAUCAUGGUCAGCACGAUUGAAAAGAAAAUAAAACUGAAAAAGUGACCUGCGUAUUACCGGCAGUCCGUGUAUAGUCGCAUUGCAGAUCCCUGAAACUGGAGACAUGUAAAUAUUCUAGAAGUACUGAUAAUUGUACGAAUAAAAAGUAUUUGAAAAUGUGAAAA